CCUGAGUCUGCCCAAAGACAGGGAGAUACGGGGGGACAGUGCGAGGGAGAGAGCGCCCUGGAGAAAGAGAGCGAAAGAGAGAGGGGGAGAGAGAGACAGACAGACUCAGAGGGGGAGGCUGGUUCCUGAUACCAAAACACGGAAAAGCAGGGGAGUGAAAGAGAGAGAAAAAAAGGCUGGCUGAGACAGGGAGAGAGGGGGAGAAAACAGGGGAAUAACACUUAAAGAGACACAAAAAGCGUAGGUGAUGAAAGAAGAUAAUACUAUGUUCUUCUGAACAUUCCCCUUUCUUUAUCUCUCACGCUGUCACAUCGGAUUGGAGUCCAAAGAAUCGACACCGCGUCUAUCACAGACCCCAUGGGUUAACAGACUGUCCAGGAGAGGCUAACAGGUCAGCUAACCCAAUGAACAGCAACAGGAAAGAGGACAUGGAGAUUUCGUCCCACUACCGGCAGCUCCUGCGUGAGCUCAACGAGCAGCGGCAGCAUGGCAUCCUGUGUGACGCCUGUGUCAUUGUGGAGGGGAAGAUCUUCAAGGCCCACAAGAACGUCCUCCUGGGCUCCUCGCGUUACUUCAAGACCCUCUACUGCCAGGUGAAGAAAGGGGCGGAGCCACAUCACCAAACAACCGUCACUCACCUGGACAUCGUCACAGCCACAGGCUUCAAAGCCAUCCUGGACUUCAUGUACUCUGCCCACCUGGCGCUGACCAGUAAAAAUGUCAUUGAGGUGAUGUCAGCUGCCAGUUACCUACAGAUGACCGACAUCGUCCAGGCCUGCCAUGGCUUCAUCAAGGCCGCGUUGGACAUUAGUAUCCGCUCCGAGCUGGCCGACGAACUGGCCGACUUCGAGAUGGGGGCUGUCGCGGCCGCUGGGAUAUGUGGGGGAGGUAUAGGAGGAGGUGGGGGAGGUAUAGGGGGAGAAAGAGGAGGAGGAGGGUUAGGAGGGGUGGCAUCAGAAGCCCUGGCGUCCAUCAUAUCAGGAGGAAGCUCCUCGCCAUGGCUGGAGAGGCGUACGAGUCCGGCCAACUCUUCUGGUGACUCAGCCAUCGCCAGCUGCCAUGAGGGUAGUGGCAGUACGUACGGUAAAGAGGACCAGGAGACACCCAAGAGCCAUGAGAGCCAGGAAGACGGUGGCCACGACUCCCAACACGCCUGGCCACAAGACUACCGCCCCGUCACUGUCAAAGAAGAACAAGCCUCACCCUCCUCCACUUCUCACCCCCGGGAGAGGCUCAGAGUGGGUGCAGGGGCACAGGGGGUGCAGGGGGGAGGAGGUGACGGGGCAUGGCAGCCCUCUGGGUCGGGGAGGAGGAAGAACAGGAAGAACAAGGACACAGUCAGACAUAUUACCCAGCAGACCGAGCUGGACAGAGACAGCCGGCCGGGCUCUCCGCUGCCCCCCGUGAUGGGCGUGACUCGUUGGAGCUACAAUGGACAGGACAUCCCAGGUGCAGAUGUGACAGAGCCCAACAGCUCAGACAGUCGCGGAGAACGUCUCGACUUCUUCCUCAAACAGGAAGAAGCUCUGACAAUGGGCGAGGCCAACUUCCUGGCUGCCAGCGAAUCAGAUGGCGCAGGAGGCGGGACCGGGGGUGGGACUACACCAUCGGUAGCCAAUCUGAGGGCAGCAUUGAUGAGUAAAAACAGCCUGCUUUCGCUACGGGCUGAGAUGCUGGGGGACGAUAACCCUGUACUGUUUGAAUUCAUGCCCAAAGGAGGACACUCCCUUUCACUGAAUGACUUCACAGUGAUCCGUAAGAAGUUUAAGUGCCCCUACUGUAGUUUCUCUGCCAUGCACCAGUGUAUCCUGAAGAGGCACAUGCGUUCCCACACGGGCGAGAGGCCCUACCCCUGUGAGAUCUGUGGCAAGAAGUUCACCAGGAGAGAGCACAUGAAGAGACACACACUGGUCCACAGUAAAGAUAAGAAGUAUGUGUGUAAGGUCUGCAGCCGGGUCUUCAUGUCGGCAGCCAGCGUUGGAAUCAAACAUGGCUCCCGUCGCCAUGGUGUCUGUGUUGACUGUUCUGGACGGGGCAUGGACCACAACCGGGAAGCAGGCGGAGGCAUGUCGCCCGAAGAUGAGCUGUAUCCCAGCGACCACCGUUUCCACAACGAUCAGGUGGAGUGCGAAGGCGACGGAGAGGGGGAGGAAGAGAUGAUGACGGAAGGGGAUGGAGAGAUGAUGGGAGAGGGGGAUGAGGAGGGAGGAAAGUGGAAGGAUGACUCAGGGAUGAUGACGGAGGGAGACGGAGCCAUGGAUAAUGACAAGGAGGAGAGCAACUCCUCUGCACCAGAGGGGGAGCAGCACAAUGGGAGCGAGAAGGAUUUCAGCUGGAUCUCUUAGGAUCAUUUAGAAUCUAUCGUGGAUCUUAGGCAGACACAGCUCUCUUUACCCAUGUGUACAUGGGCCUUCCUCUGAGUGGGAUAUGUGGGCGUUACGCGACAAUGAUCUAAACCCUUGACAGAUGCCAUACACACACGCACCACACAUACACACACAAGCUGAGCCCUGUGCUGAUGAUAGGACUGCCAUGGCGGAAAGAGAACGAUUGAGAGAAAAAAAGAAUGUUUUGUUCGUUUGUUUGUUUCUGAUGAGGACCAUAUCAGAGUCUGUCCAUUGGUUUAGAUGUUCACCUCCAUCACACUGGGACCAAUGAGGACUCAUUCAACAUCUUAGCUGAUUUUGAACCAUGACUGUUUAUGGUCACAGUUGCCAUGGAUACAAUAGAUCUUUAACAGUUUGGGAAAACACCAAGGUGGUGUCUUGUUGCCAUGCAGUCCUAUUUGGGGACAGUCUCUACUUCUUUGGGGACAGUCACUACACCUGGGGACAGUCUCUAUAUCUGGGGACAGUCUCUACAUCUGGGGACAGUCUCUACUCAUUAUGGGGACAGUGUCUACACCUGGGGACAGUCUCUACUCAUUAUGGGGACAGUCUAUUAAUUUUGGGCACAGUCUGUAUUUAUUUGGGGACAGACUCUAGACAUUUUGCGGACAGUCUAUUUAGUCGGGGGACAGUCUUUAUUUAUUUGGGGGACAUUCUCUAAUCAUUUUUGGGACAGUCUCUAUUCAUUAGGGAACAGUCUCUAAUCAUUUUUGGGACAGUCUCUAUUCAUUUGGGGACAGUCUUUAUUCAUUUUGGGGACAGUAUUCAUUCAUUUGGGGGACAGUCCCAAUUAAUUUAGGGGAUAGUCUUUAUUCAUUUGGGGGACAGUCUCUAUUCAUUUAGGGGACCAUCUCUAUUCAUUUGGGAACAGUCUCUAUUCAUUUGAGGACAGUUUCUAUUCAUUUGGGGACAGUCUUUAUUAAUUUGGGGGACAGUAUUCAUUCUUUUGGGGGACAGUAUUCAUUUGAGGACAGUCUAUUAAUUUGUGGGAAAGUCUCUAUUUAUUUGGGGGAGAGUCUCUAUUCAUUUGGGGACAGUCUCUAUUCAUUUGGGGACAGUUUCUAUUAAUUUGAGGACGGUCUCGAUUCAUGUUUGAGACAGUCUUUUAUCUAUUGUAAAGUUGCAUCUGUCAGGCAGCGGUUGGCCCAUUGUCUCCUGCAGAGUGAAACUGCCACAGACUUGCACUUUAACGUCGACUAGACUCCUGUAAAUGCUCUCAACCCGUGGUUUACAUUUUCAAUCUGAUUUUACCUACACAACUCGGUGACCGCACCUACCUUUAAGGAUAUAUACUGUAUGUCCUCAUGACUGUUAUGAUAUAUAAAUAUAUGGGUAUUAUAAUACUUGUGCAAAGUUUGCUGAUUAUAAUAGCCUAUGCCCAGUGGAGGCUGGUGGGAGGAGCUAUAGGAGGACAGGCUCAUUGUAGUGGCUGGAAUUAUAUAACUGGAACGGAGUCCAACGUGGUUUCAAUAUGUUUGAUAUCGUUCUAUUGAUUCCAUUCCAGCCAUUACAAUGAGCCCGUCCUCCUAUAGCUCCUCCCACCAGCCUUCACUGCCUUUCAAUUGGUUCUUUCGCCACUUAAGUUUACCAUGUGUUUCUGUUGAGCUGUGAUGAGAAUGACGAAAGGUUGAGCAUAUCUACAUACAAACAAGCCACAACAAUUAGUGUAUUCAGCAAGAGAGGGAGUUGGAGAGAGAAGGAGAGAGAGACGUUUGAGAGAAACAGAGAAGAAGAGCGUGAGAGUGAACACUAUGCAGGGACAUGUAAGAUGUAAGUGUUCUUAAUUCUCUACUUUCAGAGAGAGGACACAGAUCGACAGGUAACCUAGCAGUUAAGAGCAUUGGGCACGUAACCAAAAGGUUGCUGGUUUGAAUCCCUCCUGAGCCGACUAGGUGAAAAAUCUGUUGAUGUUCCCUUGAGCAAGGCACUUAACCCUAAUUGCUCCUGUAAGUCUCUCUGGAUAAGAGUGUCUGCAUAAUGACAUAAAUGUAAAUCUUUACUUCAGAUAUUUCCUCUCAGAAUGAGCGAGAGAGAUAUAUUACAUACACAAUGAUGAUGGGUGAAAACUCAUGCCAACACAAGCACACUAUGGACCUAUUCUACAUGGUCAUUCCAUCUCUUUUUUCUUACCUUGAAUCUCAAGUUGUAUCUAUGGACAGCGGUUGUGUUUAGAAGCAGACUUUCUUCAAAACCUUUGUUGUUUUAUUCUAAGUUUUAUAUUUCACUAUAAAUACAGAAUAUGCACACUUUUACAUCUUAGUGAACCUUAAUGAAUGGUUCAUCUUUCUUUUUGGUGAUAAUGUUCAUUUCAGUUUGUAAAAUAAGUCAGGCUUCGGCUUAAGAUUCCACCCAGAGAGUGGCCUGUUCUGGUGAGUGCUUUUAUGACGCUUUGUUUCGUUUCAAAAAGUUAUUUAUUAACAGACAUUUGUGGGAUUAUUGUACUACUGUAUAAAGACAUUCUCUCAGCUCCGUCUAACGCCUUCUGUAGUCACAGUGUGUGUGUGUGUGUGUGUGUGUGUGUGUGUGUGUGUGUGUGUGUGUGUGUGUGGAUGUGUGUGUGUAUGUGUGUGUGUGUUCGUGUGUGUGUGUGUGUGGAUGUGUGUGUUCGUGUGUGUGUGUGUGUGUGGAUGUGUGUGUGUGCAAGCAUGUGAGAUGUAUAUUGAUUUUCUUAAGAUGUUAAAACAUGUUUAUUAUGAUGAUCAGAACUAUGAAAUUAUGUUAUUAUUAUGAUGAUCACAACUAUGAUAUGACGUUAUUAUUAUGAUGAUCACAACUAUGAUAUGAUGUUAUUAUUAUGAUGAUCACAACUAUGAUAUGAUGUUAUUAUUAUGAUGAUAACAACUAUGAUAUGACGUUAUUAUUAUGAUGAUCACAACUAUGAUAUGAUGUUAUUAUUAUGAUGAUCACAACUAUGAUAUGAUGUUAUUAUUAUGAUGAUCACAACUAUGAUAUGAUGUUAUUAUUAUGAUGAUAACAACUAUGAUAUGACGUUAUUAUUAUGAUGAUCACAACUAUGAUAUGAUAUUAUUAUGAUGAUCACAACUAUGAUAUGAUGUUAUUAUUAUGAUGAUCACAACUAUGAUAUGAUGUUAUUAUUAUGAUGAUAACAACUAUGAUAUGACGUUAUUAUUAUGAUGAUCACAACUAUGAUAUGAUAUUAUUAUGAUGAUCACAGCUAUGAUAUGAGGUUAUUAUUAUGAUGAUCACAACUAUGAUAUGACGUUAUUAUUAUCGUUAUUAAGUUCUGGAUGCUAAGCUUUUAUUGUGCGUUUCUUUUUUCUAUUUGAUAUCUUGUAUUAGAAGAAAAGCUUGUGGACAGCAAGCUAUAAGGUGUUUCUUAACAGUUCUAUCAUGCCAUCUCUGCUUUUCUGUUGUAUUAGUUUUUACAGAGAAAGAAGAACAAAUCAGAGGCGCUAAUUUAUUCUUAGGGCUCUGUUCAAUCAGAUCCGCUUUAGCUGGCAUCCUCAUAGCGGUUGUUUUGUUGGUAUCAGAGGUGGAACGGCUCUAGAGUUGUCAAAUCUACAAGCAGCUCGCGGCAUUAUACCUGAAGUGACAUUGCUAUUGGCUGCACGGAGUCGCAUUAAGAGAAAUAUCAUGCAGCCCUGUUUACAAGUUUGAACACUGGAAUGUGAGAUGUAAUCUACACCUUGAUUUAGCUGACAGAAAUCCUCAUUAUUUUGUUUAAUGAUUUUCAUUUUGAGUGUCAUUAUUUCUAUACUACACCUUCGUUCUGAACUUCAAAUGCGAGUGGGACAGGUGUGGAUUCAUGAGAAGCAUCAAAGGGCAGCUGCUCACCGAUUUGACAGCUCCAACGCAGUUACACCUCCAAAACAUCAGCUAUGCGGGUGUUGGCUAUCACCUGUUACUGCUUGAUUUGACUGAAUCUAGGCCCUAGAUAUGGAUUGGACAUAUGUAUGGUAUGGCACAAGCGUCUAUAUUACUAACAUACACAAAUUAAUUAACAUCAUACCAAAAAUAAUCUAAUGCGUUGUAUCAAGUGCUUUUGUUUCAACGGUGCGUGUGCAGAUGUAGGUGCACAUGUUUCAAAUUAUUGUGGUCUAAUAAUUGUGUUGUAGUUUGGAUGUUGUUGUUGUUUGAAAUCAUGUAUUCUUUUGAAACAGUUUUCAAAGUGCACAUGUUGUGUGUAUAUAUACGGUAUCAUUGUAUAUGAAGGGCCUUGUGACUCGCUAGGCUAGACCUGCUGAAGAUCGCAUCUUUAACCCUCUUUUCUUUAUUGUCCUUGUUGCCCUGGUUUCCAAAGUUGUGUUCUACUGUUUAUCCUAAAUAUAAGCCCAAUUCCAAAUCUACCCCUGGCCCGGACCCUUGUGCACUUUUUGUAGGUCUGAAAUUAUUAGGUAGGGGUAAAUAAUAUAAGGCAAAUGUCAACCUGGCCUAACAGAGGGCAAGAUUCUUACAGACCCACAAGACAUGUUUUGGGGUAGGGUGCCUAAAUGGCAAGUUGGCAUUUAUUGUCAUUAAUCUUGCCUUGGAGGCAGCUCUGCAGAGUGGUCACUAGCUGGCACAGCCACAAAGUCAGAAAAUCUGAAUUUAAACCUAACAUUAACCCUAAUCUUAACCACACUGCUAACCAUAAUGCCUAACCCUAACUUUAAAAUAAGACCAAAAAGCUAGUUUUUGUUUUAAUGAAUUUUUACGAUACGAACGUCUGCCUCCAGGGCAAGAUUCAUUACAAUAAACAUCAACCUGCACCUGAAUGCUAUGAGGGAAAGGGACAAAGUGGGCCACAGGGCUGCCUCUUGGAAUUAUAGUUGUGUAGCCACAGUUGGUUGCAAACAUUACCAUCUGCCACACUGCCAUCCCCAUCAGUCCCAGUGCUAAACACUGUAUCUACGGAACAACCCUCGGGUGUGUGUUUCAUUUCACUGAUUCCUGAUGCCUUCUCCAUGUGUGGUGGCAAGCUUUAUUUAAGUUGUAUUAUUUAUUGUCUGUUAGCAGUUUCUAAUCUCUUGAAGGUUUCAGAAAGAAAAUGAAUGAUGUUGUGUGGAUAUUUUGAAUGUUAACGGCUGAAUAUGUAGGGAUUGUCAAGAGCUGCCGUGUAUUUGGAAGGAAUAGCAGGGCUAUUUCUCUGACAUCCAUCCAGUGCUUUUCCACUCCAGACUCCUGUGACCACUGAGAUGUUUUUACCCACUUCCUUAUCAUCACCUGUCUGCCUGCCGGCAUGUCUUCUUAUUCCUUGUCUUGGUGUUGUAAUUCAGGAAACAUUUGCCAUCCAAUCCCCUCAACAAUGUGCCUCGAUACAUUUUAGAUGUGGGUGUGUUUCAAGAGAUAGGGAGAUACAGAAAUCUGAUGGAUAGAGAUUUUUAAAAUAUAUUUUAUCUAAAUCACAGGUGCAAAAAGUUGAGAAAAUACUGUUUUUCUGAGAGACAAAUCAGCGAUUUGUUUUUGAGGACCUAUGUUACUGUGUUACAGUAUACAGUAGAUUCUGUUCCUGACUGUGUUUAUUAACCCGUUGUGCCCUGAUUCCAUGGUCUCAACUGCAAGCCUUUGUCCAUUUGUCAUACCAAAGCUCUGUCUCUGGCGUCUGCACAAAACUGGUUCAUUUCACAUGCAAAACGGUUUGCUUUUCAGCAGAUAAAUAUUUGUAUUCUGCUCUUAGAUGCGUACAAAAUUGCAAUCCUUAUUUAGCCUGUAUAGCUUGAUUCACAUGUGCAAAUCACAAAGCCAUAGAUAUGGUUAUAUCUAGAUUUUACUAUAUUUCAAAAUUCUUGCAUUUUAUUUUAGAUUCUGUUCUUUACUAAGAGUGAUGUGUGUAUACCUUCAUAUAUAUAUAUACAUUUAUAUUGUUAUUAUAUGUAUUAUUUAUUUUCUCUCACAUUUGGCAAGGUGUCUUUCGUUUGUAAAGUGAGACACUUGAAACUUGACAGUUGUUUGUUGGGAAUAUUGUUCAAUAUGAUACUGACUUUAUAUUGAUUAUCAUAAACCUGUGUUUGUAACAAAGAUGUGUUGAAUAAUCAAACCCCUUGAUCUGUUUGGGAGGAUUAAAGUGAGCAGGUCGUCUGUAUAUGAUAGUACUGAUCACUUGAGCGUUUUUAUAGCCAAACAUGAACUUCCCUACCGUCCUGUUGUGAGGGCUAGCCUAAAGGGCUAACCCAGGCCUCUUUCUAACUUCAUGUUUAGUGGAAUUAGCUUGACUAUUAUUUGCAAAACCAAUCAGUCUCAAUAAAUUUUGAAAUUGCUGCUGAA